UGUGCUUCUGUGUAUAAAGGUGGAGGCCCCAGGUGGGGGGCCCAGUGUGUGCAGCCCAAUCCCAUACUGAGCUGUUUCACAGCCGGCCCUGCUCCCUCUCCAAGAUGCUGUUUUGGCACAACCAGCCGGAGCACUUAAGGCCCAGUCCUGGGGAUCUAUACCCUGGGCCCCCCAGCAGCCUGCUCAGGGAACUCCUGCCCUUGCCCUACUUGAAGCAGGAGGAGCUGUCCAACAUCCCUGGAGCGGAGCUGUCCUGCCCCAUGUUCCAAUACAUGCUCUGUGCAGCCACCUCACCAGCCGUGAAGCUGCAGGAGAAGACCUUCACCUACCUGAACCAGGGUCAGUCCUAUGAGGUCCAGAUGCUCUGCAACUCCAAGCUGUGUGAUGCCACCCAGUGCCCCCAGCUGCUGAAGUUCGCACCUCAGAAGAAAAGUGGAGAGAAAGGCGUCCCUUUCCGCCUCUAGAUCGACACCUUCAGGCACAGUGACAAGGGGCUGCCGCUGGACCACCUGCACUCAGCUGGCUGCCUCAUCAAGGUGUUUAAGCCCAAAAGAGUGGACCGGAAACUGAAAAUGGACUGCAAGAAGAUGGAAAAACACUCCCUGCAUGAGAGGGACAAGUAUCAGACCACCUGCGAGAGCACUGUCUUCUUGGAGGCUCUGUUCCUCACCGCCAUUUGCUCUGGACACCUUGGGGUGUAGCCCAGUUGAGGUGAGUCUCCCUCUUCCCACUCCCCACUGUCCCAAAGCCUUCUCCGCAGCUUCAUCUCACACUCCAGAAUGGGGUGCCUUGCCCCCUGGUGGCCAGAUGUGGUAUGGCCACAGAUUGCAACUUACCUGAUAGGACUGGGCAGGAAGAGCCUCCCUUCUCAGACUUGGGACCUCCCAAGGGAGGGGCUGUUUCCCUUUCUUGUUCUGUCCCUGGGUCCUGGUAUUACCUAGACCAUCCAUUUGAUACCUCAGGAUCUGAACCAUAGAGCCUCCAUCUCAGAGACACAGCAGUGGUUGCAUCAGCACCGGUUCUCCAGCUACUGCUGGAUGCUGGCCAGCUUCACUGGUGAGGCUAGUGUCUGGCAGGAGCCAGACGUGUAGGGGACUGAGAGUGGGUGGGACACACACGCAGGAAGCCUGUCUCUGUCUUGGCUUGUUGUGAGCCCUUCAACUAACCUUUAUUGGGGACUAAGAGUUGCCCAGCAUUGUGCUAGGCUCCCGUCUCACAAAUUAUCCCAUAUAAUUUAUACACUAUCCCUUAAGGACAGUGCCCAGAGAGGUUAAAUAACUUGCUCAAGGACGCACAGCUAACAACUGGCAGAACUGGGAUUUAAAUCCAAGUCUGACUCCCAUGUCUGAGCACACUAGGGCUAUCUGUAGACUAAUAAUAGCCUAUGUCCCUUGCUUCCCACCCUUGAUCCCAGGCCUCUUUCCUCAGUCUGGCCCUGUCUCACUCUACAGGCCCGGAUCUGCUGAAGCUUACACACCAGGAGGACCUUAUUCAAAUCUGCAGGGCUGCAGAUGGGAUCCGCUUUUUCAAUACUCUUAGAGCCAGAUGCUGGGCACUGCCAACUAGGGUCCCCUUCCCACUGUAGUGGCCCUUACUAACUUAGCUAGCAGGUCCAUCCGUCACCGACUGACUUUGUAUGUGGCUCAGGAGGCCUCUAGGCAAGAGAACGAGGUUCCUAAGAACCCUGACUCAGGUGAGGUUCUGGCCUCUCUCUCCAGAAGAUAGGAAAUUCAGGUGUAGCUGCAUGUAACCUCUCGCUAGAAGAGGAAUGGUGAUACCCCACCAUUCCUGGGACCCAGGAUGCCCUUCUUGGCAUUUCCCUAUCUUCCAUGACCGGAUUAGUCCAUCUCCUUCCACAAUGUCUCUUUGGAUUUAUUCUACCAUGUUGUAUUCCUCCACCCCACCUGAUUGUCACUCCAUUAGCAUAUGGGAUUAGAACAUCAUCUUAUUAUGUA